CCCACCGCACCCCACAGGUAUUGACCGCAGCUUCGCGUCGGCCAGGACUGCGAGGCUCCUCCCUGGGCUAGUGCUGUGCCUCGCGAUGUGUGCGACGGUGAUGGCUGUCGUUGCGAGCACGCGAGGUUCGUGAGAAGCCUCCUCAGGGCCUCGAGGCAUCCACGCUCGCGCUGAACAGCAGCGCGGUCAACAUGGGGAUGGUGUUGAGCUUCUACUUCGGGGGCUUCGUCCUGCAUGCCCUCCGCGUGCGUCCCACCGGCCUGCCGCUGGAGGCUCACCAGUUCGACGGCCUGUGGAAGGCGCAGGCCCUGGCCGCCCUGCUCCCCCUGCUGUCGCUGCCCCUGCUGCCCGCGCUCAUGCCGCGCGCGACGCAGGUGCAGUCCUCAACGUCGACAAGCCUCUGGGACGGCCAACGCACGGGGCGGGCCCGCCGAGAGGUGCUGCUGCGUCUGACCACCGAGGCCCCGCGGGCGGUCCGCCGGGAGCCCCCCCGCUCGCACGCCCUGCAGGCGCCCGGUGCGCAAGACAGGGCCCCCGCGUGGCCUCCCGCCGCCCAGCUCGUGACGUCACAGCCGCAAGCCACAGUAAGGACGCGCGGUAAUUCUCCUCCUCCUCCUCCUCCUCUUCUUCCUCCUCCCUCCUCCUCCUCCUCCUCCUCCUCUCCUCCUCCUCCCUUCCUCCUCC